AAAUAUAUAAGUACCACAAGAAAAUAAUUUUUUUCAAGUCGUUGUUAAACCACCAAACUUUUCUGUUCAACUUUAAGUUGUUAAAGUUUCGAAAACUCAAUGAUUAUGUGGAAGUGUUAAUUAAAUCUUUUUAAUCCUGUGUAUUUAGUGUUAUAUAUCUUUAAACAUAAAAUAAAACAAUGAGGUGGAACAAUUUAUUGGUGAUUAUUAAUUUUUUGUUGGUGAAAAAGACAUUUUCAGCGGAAAGUGAUUACAACAUAGUACAAAGUGAUGGUUCUUUCGAUUUUCGGUACGAUAACCCGGAUUCGUUCCAUGAAAGUCACGGGAAUAGGAAUAACGUUGUUAAAGGUGUUUUUGGGGGGAGAAGCCCCGCAACAGGAGGAAUUGAUUCCAUCGAAUACACAGCAGGAAAAAGAGGUUUUAGACCAAGAGGAAAAAACGUUGUUAGAAAAUACGAUCUUGGCCAAACUCCCGUUGGUCCAAUUGGUAAUAAAGACGAUCGUUAUUUUGAUCCUUAUGAGGAUCCUAGUUAUAAUUUUCAAUUUAACACACCGACUUAUACCAGAAAAGAAGGUGCAAAUAGAUUAGGAGAUGUAAAAGGGACUUAUUCGUUUUUUGAUGAUGUUGGUGAACGGCACGAUGUGGAAUACAUAGCAGGAAAAAAUACAGGAUUUCACGUAAAAACACCUCACCCCGAUUCAAAUUUAAACGCAUUUAGACAACCUUAUUUCCAAGAUCCACGAAAGCCCUAUCUGAGAGGGCGAAGUUUUGUACAACGAGGUUUAGAUGGAAGUUAUCGUUUUGCGCACGUUGGGCGAGAUCAAAGAAGAACAGAAACGAGCGAUGCUGUAGGAAACGUACGCGGAUCAUACACUUAUCGAGACGAUAAAGGAGUUCAACACUCAGUACAUUACAUAGCGGGGCCUAACAUAGGAUACAGAGUCUUGAAGAACGUUAAAGGCCCUCAUCUCCCAACUUUUUAUCCGUUUAAUUCUCCAGAUAUCGUCCCGCCGGAUUUUUACGACCAAAAAGAUGCUGAUUUAGAAGUUUUCACGGAAGCAGCUAGUUCUUAUGUGACGCCUCCCGCAAAUCGGGAUGGUGAUUAUUAUCCGGAUAAUACAAAUCAAGUCGAUAUCAAUCAAAGCACAAAAAGACCAAGUACUCUUACACCAACAGGGGAUGAAGAUGAAGAAUUAUUUAAUGAUUUCUUUGCUAAUGGCAAACCUGGAGGAACUAAAAGACCUCAAAAUAGACCAACAGCAACAAGACCAAACUUUGGAACCACGAAAAGACCCGGAUUCAUAACUAGCACCGAAAAACCAGAUUAUGGAACCCCAACUGAGCAUCCAACAACAACGGGAAGACCUCCUUUUGGAUUUGCAGAAACUGGAAGACCGGAUUUAGAUGAAGAUGCUGCUUUUGACGCAGGAUUUGGGUCAAAUACUGGUACAAGAAAACCCACAUUUAGUACAAAGAGACCAAGUUAUAAUACAGGAGGGCCUAAUUAUAGCACAGGAAGGCCAAGUUUUACUACAACAAGACCUAAUUUUAUGACAGGAAGACCUAGCUUUACUACAAAAAGACCUAAUUAUAACACAGGAAAACCUGAUUCUGACACAAGUAUUAGUGUAACAAGUUCAGGGAGACCACCAACAACUUUUAGACCAUCUUCAAGUUUUCGACCAUCAUCAACGUUUAAACCAACAACAUCCCACGAUUUAUUUCCAUCAACAAGUACGGGAUUUCAACAAAGACCGACUACCUCACGCCCAAUAGGAGCCAGACCAAGACCGACAAUCGAUGGUGGAUUAGGACUGGGGGAAGAAGAUGACGAAGAUAUUUUUGGUUCAAACAAACCAAAACCAUCAUCAUUUUCAACGAGUUCGGGUCGUCCACAACCCACAUCUCCAACAUAUUCAAGACCGUCAUCUUCACGCCCCGGAUCAACACGUCCAACAAGUCCUGAAGAAGAAAAACCUUUGUUGCAAUUCGAUUUAACUGAAGUUGAAAAAGGAAAGUUUCACACUUUAGUAACGAAUUUGGGGGAAACUCUGUUUACGGUUCCUCCGGGUGUCUCGGUGAGGGCGCAUGUGCAAAAUAUCGAUUUAAUUCCGAUUUUUGCGCGAUCCCCAUCGCCUAGUGAACAAUAUAACUCGGAAAUCGAUGAUGAACAAGAAAAUGCGGAAACUUCGAACGCUCCUAUUGCUGUUAUAAAAAGUACAAUUAAUUCAGCACCAAGUACAACUUCCAUACCAAGCACAACAAAAAAUUCUGUUAAUACAAGAACGGCGAGGCCCGAUUUAAAAGAAAAAGAUGACGAUGAAGACGAUGAUGAUGAUAUAGAUAUAUUUUAAUUUUUUUCUUUUUAAUUUAUUUCCUUUUUUUGUAACAUUUUUAAUUUAUACUGUAAUAAAUGAACUUUAUAGAACAAAAUACGUA